AUGCCUGGGGCUGAAUCGCUUGGUGCCACUUCUGUGUGCCACCGCAGCGGCAGAAUUCGUAAGAGUAACACCAGCAUGGCAGCGGUGGCUACCGCAGCCUGCAUAGAAGACUCCUUUGCUCUAGGUGAAUCCAGAGUCUCUUUCUCGCCGACGGGCUACUCGAAGCGGAGCGCUCGCUCGAAGCCCGUUUCUCCGCAAACAGCAGCGACAGCAAAGGGUGAUGAGUGGAUAAGCAGAUACAGCAGCAGCGCCAUGAGAACUGCUCUCAGAAAGCGCGGCAGUUGCUGCUUUGUGUCUCCACCUGCGGGUGACACAGAGGAUAUGGAUGGAGGAGCAGUCACAGCAGCAGCAUUACCGCCCUCACCCCCAGCGGCUUACAGCAACGGCGAGAAGCAAAGAUGCAGUUCUAGCAUCCUCACGCAUGGCUGCAUGCAGACUGCUGCGUUCUCCGGCCAGCAGCAUCAACAGAGGAAUCGGCAGCCUUCUCUCGCUGCAGCAGAGGAGCAGCAACUUUUGCUGCCUAUCCCAGCAAGGCGCGGUGCUGCCGUGCUACAGUUUGCAGAGUGGGGAUGGCCUAGAGAGGUUUUAUCUCAUCAGGAACAGCAGCAUGCAGGAGCUGUCGAUGCAAAGGCCACUACAGAUAGCCCCAUGUCACCCUGUAGAGGCAUUUCGAAGCAUGUUUCUUUUGGGAGCCCCCUCGUCGUUCAGGUGUAUGAGUACUCUUCCCCCGACGGAUCGGGGGGAGCAGGAAGUGCCGGGAGUCCCCCCGCCCUCCCCGAGUUCUCCAGCACUGUACAGCAGCAGUGGUCUCCCCGGAUGCUUUCUGCUGCCAAGGAGUGUGAUUCAUUGUCCUUUUCGGCACUGCCUGAGCAGCAACAGAGGCAGCCACGACGACAGGCCUGCCAGUGGUCUCCUGGAGCAGGGGCCAGUGACAGCGAUGGCUGCAGCGAGAACAGCAUGUACCGUUCCCUUGAGGGAGGAGAGAGUCCAUCAGGUGGUCGAACCUGCAGACAUGCUGACAGGCCCUCCACGUGUGCUGGCGGUGUUUCUGUUACUGCUUUUGUCACAUCUCCUGCGUCAACACCCCUUUCCUUUACGGAGAGGUCACUGGCUGCAGGAAGAGCCACAACGGCAGCGAUAGCUGCUGUCAUGGAGACAGGUGUACGAGACGACAUGCCAGAUGAAGCCCUAGACAGCGAGGCAUCAGCAUCUACCUCCACUCAGAGCAACAAAACAUUCAUCAGCACCAACAAUAUUCUUCGGCAACAACAGGACUGUUUCCCUCCGGUGGCAGCAAGUUCCGCUGCUGCACUCGCUCCUGCAACAACUGCAGUAGCAGAGUAA